CAUUGACACUGGUUGGAGAGAAAUUAUAGGCUUUGUUUAAUUAAUACCUAUUUCAUUUUAGGCUUCUACUGAUAAUGGAGAGUAGAAACAACAAGAAGUGCGUUAUUUGUAAUAAGAGGCGAAGUCGUGGUGGAUCACCCUUACUUUUGAGUAGGUUUCCUCUGGAUUCUGACCGUUGUCGAAUGUGGGUUAAAAAUGCUGGCUUAGAAGACUUAGCAUAUGUACCUAUUGAAAAGUUACACCAACUGAAGUUUGUUUGUGGUGGGCACUUCACUCCUGAAUCCUUCAAUGCCAAAGGAACUCGGCUGAAGAACUCAGCUAUUCCAACACUGGAAUUGAGCAAUCCCAUCUUGCCAGAUGAAGUUUUGACAGAGUUUCCUCUUCAUGUAAAAGACUCCAAUAAAGAAAACCUCAAGACAGUUCUUUAUGAUCAUUCAUAUUGCAUUCCAAAGAAGUCAAAUCCAGUUGAACGAGUUCCCCUUACAACUACAACCAAACAACUAAAUUCAACAUGUUUGGGAGCUGUGGAUAUACCAGAUUCUGGUAUUUCUGCGAAAACAACUUUUGAACCUCUUCCUUCUACUUCCAAUGCACCAGAACAUAUGACCUAUAAACCCAUUACUCAUGAUGAUAAAAACAUUUGCCAUCAAGAUGCACAGGCAGAAAUAUUAGUCCACAGUUAUAAAAGACCUAAGAAAAACAUUGAAAUGAAAGACACUUCAUCAACAUUUACAAUUAAAGAGAAGAGGCUUUGGCGACAGUUACAAAAUGCAAAAAAAAACAAUAAGGAAUAUAGCGAAGGUAGUUGCAGAAGAACACAACAGAAAUUUUUUAAAUAUUAAAAAACUGAAUAGUGCCAUUGUAAAUCCAACAUUCAAAACUAAGAUGAGGGUGAAGUAUGCUGCGCAUGCUCUGAGUAAUACCGUGGCAGCUAUUUUAAAAAUGAUGGCAUGGAAAGAAGUUUCUGAUUGCAAUGAUACAGCAUUUGUGAUUGAACAGUUAGAUAAACUAUUUGAUUGUACAAAUGGUCCAUCAUCUUUAAAUGACGUAAAGAAAGGGAUCCGGGAAAAUGUUUCCACAUCAAGUAAUCACAUUGAGUCUUGGACCUUUUAUACUGAUAAGUUAAAAACCAUAAAAUUUAUAACAGCAGAAAACACGAUACUAAAAAAUGUUAAAUGCGUAAAGGGAUAUCAAAUAUCUAUCAAAUCCUUAAACGAUAUUUGGGAAAAGUUAAAGAAUGAAGGGUUUAAAUAUAUGAACCUUAGACAGUUUAACCAAGACUCUCUGGAAAACUUAUUUGGAAUCAUUAGGCAACACAGUGUAACCAAUAGAAAUCCCACUAUCACGCACUUUACUGCAGCGCUUAAAACAAGCAUGGUUACUGGGCUGAAAGUGCCUCAUAGCAGAAGUGCUAAUUGUGAAGCAGACAACAAUAAACAUAUGCUGGAAUAUAAAGACAUUUUAAAAACUAAUUUAAAAACAACAGAAAUAAAAAUUAAUGUUCAAGAUUCCACAGACACUGAAUUUUAUCCUGUGUUGUCUAUCCCGGACCCUGAAAACUUAGAACAGCCCAUUGAAAAUUUGUGUAGCCUUGAAAACCAACCAGUAGUAUAUGUAAGCGGGUAUUUAGCUGCCAAACUAUUACAGAACAGUUCUUGUUUAAUUUGUGAAGAGUGUUUGAGCGUGAAAACUCCUGUUGACAAUGAUUUGUAUGCAUAUAUAUCUCUUCGCGAAUGGUGGCAUGAUAAAAAAAGUCUCGUUUAUCCAACAAUUCAAUUAUGUACCACCGUAAAUGAAGCUAAACAAUUUUAUCAUGACCAUAUUGCCGACCAGAUAUAUAUGGAAAAUGUUGGAAAAUUCAUUUUCUUAAUGUUGAGUACAAAUUGUAAUUUUAGUUGGUUUAAAUGUCAACAACAUAAUAAAUAAAUUUAUGAUAAGAUGUUUAAAAUAUUAAGUUACCUUUUUCUAAGAAAAAGUUGUAAAAUCAUUAAUGACAGCCUCAUAAAAAGUGAAAACAAUUUUGCUGACAAAAGUAAAAAAGCACAGCAACAAAGCAUUGAAAAGUAAUCUUAGGGCUGAGGUUCGAUCAGCUGAUAAGAAAAUUAAAGAUGUUUAUAAAUAAAAAUCCUAUUUUUUCUUAGAAAAAGUUGUGAAAAUAAAAGUUUACAAAAUUAUCAUUUCUGUACUUUGUUAUAAUUUUCAAUAAUUCCUCAUGCCUACAACUGCUAUGUCAUGUUCAAUACUUAUUGUAA